UCUUGUGGAAUAAAGCUUUAACAGACAACAACGUCAAAGGCCUUAUUGGCUGCAUGCGAGGACUCCAUACUGAAGGUAAGACUUAAACUUUAUGUGAGCAUACUCUCAAGUCCGCUAGAGAUCACAGUGAUGUGCUGUUUCUCUGUAGGUGAAGGGGAGGCGAGUGAACGCGUGGCCCGUUUUAACCGCUGGCUUCAGCGAUCAGCAGAACUGGCCAGGAAGGAGCUGAUAAUACUCUGUGAGUAGGCGAAAUCUUAUUAAACGUUGAGGUUUACCGUUUUUGUUUGGGGUAUUCAGGUAAAGCUCACUUGGCUCUUGCACCAUCGUAGGUUUCGGUCAAUAUAAAGGCUUGUGGAUGUGUUUAGAUGAAAACUCUGCUGCUCUGGUCCAUCGACUGCUACUCAAGCUGAGGAGCUUGCUUUCUCUGCUCGACCUAAUGCGGAAACGCGGCGACGGGCUGCGUGCUGGAUACGAGCACCAGGCCAUCGGUCAGCACAUCAUGCUGGGCCGCCUGGUGCAGUGGUGGAGCAUCACAGGACUUCUGCCCAAAUCCCCCGUAGCCCAAGAGAUGAAGAGGAUAUCUCAGAUGUGGUGUGAGAUGGACCAGAAACACAGGAGAACAUGUCUAGAGUUAGGUGAUUAUGCUGAGGAUAAGUACCGGGGGAGCUCCCUUAUUCAGGGUAUGGUAGCUCAAAUGAACAAACACCAUGGACCUAUAUGGGUUUCAGAAGACUGUGCCUUUCAAACAUACCCACCACCGUCUCUAGAAGCUUUGCUAAAGCUAGUGCUGCUGCCUAAUAUAGACAUCCUGUCUGUCCAAGCCAUUAUAAUGUACUUUGUCCUGGAUGUGUCUAACUUCCUUCAAUGCAAAGAUGAUCUCCUGCAGUCAUUCAGCCAUGUCUUCAGUAUCCCAUCUACCUUUUCUCAGCAGAUCUGUGGAUUCUGGCUUCUAGAUCACAGAUCAGUAACAGAAUCGAUGAAUGUCUUAUUGAGUCCAAGAGCUUGUCCUCCAACACUGUCGUGGCACCACUGUGCUGUUCUGAGGACCUUAUUGAAGACGGGAGAGAAUCGGGCAGCACUGAAGUAUCUGUACAGCAGCACACCGGCGAUGGAGAACAUUCAAGACAUCAAACUCUGUGUGGAUGUGUUGGUACACAACAAAUGUAUAUCUGAGGCCUGGGCUCUGAUUAGAGGAAUCCAAACUGAAAAUGUUCCUCUCCUCAGACACUUCAUUCAUGUCUGUGAGAAUCAUGGGAUUUCUAGAAAUGUGCUGACCUCUAUAUGCGAGGGUAUGGCACAUAUCCAGUUGACGGAAAGCAAAUAUAAGGAGUCCAGUGAAGCACAAAUGCAAGAAACAGCAGGUCGACAACCAGCGAGAACUGAAGCCGGACAAACCACCCCCCGUCCACUGUCUGCAUGGAUGUACCACACGGAUGACCCAUUGACUCCAGGAGAUUUUGUUAAGAUCCUAAGGCGAACUAUUUCAGAGAUAUGUCCACUACCAAAAAAAAGAAGGGUGGUGCUGCUGCCGCCAAAGUACACGGAGAACAGUGUGAAUAGUGCACAACUCUCAUCGCAGGCCUCAUGUCGCGUUGCUAGCAGCACAUCAGUUGAUAUUCUUUGUACGUUCAAGCAAAGAGCUGAUGAGGAAGAGUGUGAGGAAGACCUGCCUCUGCGGCCAGAGGAGGAGACGUGUGAUUCGCUGCCCGUGUUCUCAUCUCCUGACAGCAUGGAGCUCGCGGUUGGCUUCUUCACAUCCGCCCGCUCUUCACCAUCAGCUGUCUGCUCCGAAGCCCCAUCUGCAGAGGAACCCACGCUCCUGAAGCAGAACUCUUCUGCUGCGUCUCCUGCAGACACGAGCUCUGGCUGUCCUGAUCUUACUCUCACCGUAGAAGGCACCACCGAGGCGCUAUCCAUCAACAGCCUGAGCAGGGAAAGUGUGGGUGAGAUUGUGGACUGCUGAAUCGAAUUAAUUCCGAAUCAAAAUAUGAGAUAAACUCGGAAACGAGACUUUUUUCUCCUAAAUCCGAGCUUAUAUUACGCAAUUCUGACUUUCCUCGCUGUUCUUACUACUUCUCUCUUAGUUUACGUGACACAAUUCAUAUAUUUUCUUCCACAGUUUACAUAUGACAAUUCAUACUUUAUUCUCAAUCGCAAUUCUAAAAAUGUACAUUAUGCAAUUCUGACUUUUUUUUUUUUUUU